AUGGCCGAAGCUGCAAGGAGACAGAGAGACGGAGCAUUGCACCGUCCGCAUCAAGGAAAGCUGCCUGAGCCAGGUGAUUAUGUUGCUGUGACAGUCCAGGAUGCAGGACCUUUUGAUCCCAGGGUUGAGCCAGGCCGUUUCAUUACUCAGUCGGAUGUUGCACUGCAGGGCGCGUUGGUGUUGGUCAAUAGGGCAGGCCAGGAGCACUUGAUUACAACGCGUUUGCCAGCAGUGAUUGACAAGAAGCCUGAGCAGUGGAGAACGCAUGUUACUCCGUUGGGUGAUCUGGUCUGGGUUAGUUCUUCAGGGCAGGUUCGGGAUGGAGAGGUAGUCCGGGAUCCUGGAGUAGAUCUGGGAAUGCUGACGGUAGAAGAGCGUGAGCAAGGACAUCAUGUGGAGCAAGGGUUGCCGUUUGUGGCACGCGCCACGGUCUUUGAGGAGGAGCCACUGGACGUGGCACCCAAGGCCCCGUGUAAGACUACACCGAAGCCUGAGGACAAACUUGAUCGCUACAAAAUCCUGUCGUACGAGGUUGAGCAAGAGAUGAACAGAGCGGAAGUCGAAGUAGCUCAGCUUGUCACGGAUACGAUUGAUGCGAGGGUUUUGUCUGACCCGAAAACACCUGUGGAUGAGAAGUGGAAGUGGGUGAAUGAGGGAUUGAAGCCUGAGCUGGAGACGCUUCAGGCUAAGGAGAUUUAUGAUGAGUGGGAUGAGGCUGACCUUCCUCUGGGUUGGAAGGUGCUGCCGGCUAAGGUGGUCUUGACGAAGAAGCCCCUUCAGGAUGAUGCGGUAGUGGACCCUACAGAUCCUUUGAGCUCCUGGAGGGCAAAGGCACGGAUCGUGGUGUGUGGGAACCACGAGCAGAAUACGGUUGGUCAUGAUCCUGACAACGCCAGUGCCAAUCCGGCCAUUGAGCAUAUCAGAUGGAGUGCGGCAUGCCUUGCAAGCAACUCGAGCUGGACUGCACUGGUUCUUGAUAUCAUGGCAGCCUUUCUCAACGCUGCGAUGGACAACGAUACAACAUUUGUCAGGCUUCCAAAGGUGCUGCUGGGGAUUUGGCAAAUGAAGAUCCAAGGCUUCUUGCCGAGUGAUGGGCUAAAGGUGGGAUCGACGGUCCAGGUGGGAGACAAACAGGUUCCUGUUCGGCAAGAGCUACAGUUUCUGGGAAUGGUGAUAAGGCGAACUGAGGAAGGUGUAGCGCUGCAUCAGCAUCCCUGGAUUGAAACAGAGUUGGAGCGACGCGGCUGGACAAUGGUCAAGGGUGCAGCUAACCUUCCAGAGGUGGUGGAAGGACAAACGGAGCCAGCACCUCGCGAUGACGCGUAUGCUGCUGAUCUGCAUCGUGCGCAGUCUGAGGUUGGAUCGUUGUUUUGGGUGGGGCUGCGAACAAGGCCAGAUGUGCUCGCAACAGUGGGGGCGUUGUCGUGCAUGAGCACGGUGGACCCGAGGAAGACGUAUAAGCUGGCUACGCAGGUAUGGCGAUACCUAGCUGGUACUAGGGAUAAGGUGCUUUUCUUUAAGGCCGGUGGUGACCUUCAGGAGGCACGACUCUCGGUGUUUGGAGAUGCCUCACUAGCACCAGGGGCAUCAAGGUCACGGACGGGUGUAGUGGUGAAGUUUGGCGGCCAUGUCAUCGCGUAUCGCACUCAGCGCCAAUCUUUGACUGCGUUCUCCGCCUUCGAGGCCGAAGUGGAGGCAUCUGCUACAGCGUAUCAGCUCGGAACACAGGUGAAGACGUUCUUGGACAAGUUUCUGCAAAAGGGUGUGGAGACGGAGCUUUUCGGAGACAACUCUGCUUGCGUUAGCAACUUGACUAAGGGAUCCGAGUAUGUGCAACCCACCCGCGCACCCCAUUUUGGCAUGCGCUGCUCGUAUCUGAGAGAUCACCUGAGAAAUGACAACAUUCCGAUGCUGUAUAUGAGUGGGGAUUUGAUUCCGGCUGAUGGUUUGACAAAAACGUUGUCGAAGAACAAGCUGGAAAGCUCAAGAGAGGUGAGCCUCAAAGCACUGGUCCUGGAGAUGGGUUCUGUGCGUGUCGAGCCUUAA